UAUCAAAAAAUAAACAAAGUGAGCAACUAAAGAAACCACACAAAACAGAUAGAUCAAUUUGUAUAACAAAAAGAGGCAAUGAGAACGACUAUAACAAAGGAAGACUCUAUAACCAUUAAUCAAAAGAGAGACACGCAAACAUACAUAGCUAGAUUUCAAUAAACCAUUAAUAACAAAAUUUCUCUCUAUGGCAGCCCAAAUCGCAGAGUUUAACAGGCGCACCAAAGCUAUUCGAAAGCAUGUGGAUGUAAUGGCACAGCAGCUGGGUGCAAGACUUGCAGUGCUUUCUUUUCGCGAAGAUGGCCAGGAUGCCCAUUAUGGACGUCCCAUUGAUGAAAAUCCGACCCCUGUAGUUGCUAUACAUAGGGCUCUGGCAUUGGUUAAGACUGAAGAACUUACCGUAGCUGAAGCUCAGACGUUGAUGGUCCUUGUCCGACAGGUCAAGGACGCUCUGAACCCUCAGUGAGAUUUUCGGUUUUAUGUUUGUUUUUUGAGGAUUGAUGCUAGUUAAUAUGGGAGGGAUUUGGGUCUGAUGUUUCGGUUUGAGUCUAGACUUUGAUGUUUCGGUUUGAUGUUUUUUUUGAACGCAUACUGAGAGUUUGUUAUUUUGGACUCAACUUAUCUUUUGGUGCAAUCCUUUUUCAAUUUUCAAAGUUCUCUUUGGUAAUUAUGUAUUCACACUCAAACGCUAUGCCAUAACAAAGAAAAAUUCGGUCA